AUGAGAUGGAUGGAGUCAGUGGAGACAGACUUCCUGGCUAUAAUCAGGAAAGAAACUGGCACACCAGUGUCAAAAAUAGAAAGUGUUGGAACAGAAUUCAAAGGAAGACACUGGUCCAUCCAGGGCUGUCUACCCAAGUAUGAUGAUGAUGAUAAAUUGGCAGCUAUGAGUUCUUCUGAAGAAAAUAAUCUCUUUGAUAUUGAGGAUGUUAAUGCAAACGUUGUAAACAAUGACUCAUCUGAUAGCUUUGAUAGCUUAUAUUCAUCAGAGGAUAGCAUCGGAAUUACCCGUGGUACAUCUCAACAUGGAUUUUGCAUUCCAGUAAUCACAAUUACCUCAGAUGAUGAAGAUGAGCAAGUUUCAGAGCUUGAAAAAGACUGGGCUGCUUUACCAUCUCUCGCAAUAGAAAAUAUCUAUUCAUUUCUCAGUAGGAUUGAUCAAAGCCGUAUGUCCCAAGUGUGUUCUCGAUGGGCAAAUGAUUUCAACUCCCCUUGUUUAUGGAAAACAAUGAAGUUUUAUCUCCCUGAACAAGACUACUCGUCCGAAAUUUAUCCAGAAGUGAGAUUCGCUCGGAAAUAUGCUUCCAUGUUUCGGCAUGUCGAAAUUACUUGCAAAAGAGUCAGGACCCAUCUCAUUAGAGUGAUAUGGAAACAGCUAAAGCUAUUUCUGCAAGCACUGGAGUCCUCGUCACAACUUGCUUCAAUUAAAUUCUUCAAAAUGAAAAACUAUUUUCGGCAUCUGGAUGAUAUCCUCUAUGAAGACUUAUUCAAAACCAUUAUCAAUUUAUUCAACUCACAAAAAAAUCUCAAAACAGUCGUUCUUGAGGAAAGUCGUUUCAGCAAAACGGAGGGCCUGGACGUCCUGAAAGCAAUAUUCCAUUCUGAAAGUAACACGAUAAGAAAUCUCACACUUCGUGGAUUUGUAAAUGAGGCUGCAUACACGGAAUUGAACAGUCAGUACUGGGCCAAUCUGUCAGAAGUGUGUAGUAGAAUUGCUAAUGUCCAAUCACUUGAAGUAGACUACACACAAAUCUUUGAAGAAAUCAUUAACUGCCUGUAUGAAAAGCUCUCUUCUGGUGAGUACCAAAUUGACAAAAAGAAGCCCAGCACGUCGAUUCUUAAUAUUUACUGCGAGGACAAAGGACAGUCAGGGUUUAAAGGAAUUCUGCCUGAAACUUGGAGAUAUUUGAAGAAUGUCUUUCCAAACAUGAAAGUGAAAAUGGAUGUCACUGUAAACCAUAACCUAAACACUGAGAUGGAAAAAUUCUUAGUGAAGGGAAUACCGCUACAAGCAUUAGAUUUUCGAUUUGGAAAGAUUUCAACUUCUUCUAGAAUCGAUAUAAGCGAUUUGUUCGUACACCUCAAAAGUUGUAAGUAUCAGUAUCAUUUGGAGACCUUGAAUAUUCUUUGGAUGCCCUCUAUUGCAGAUUUUAUUGGUUCUGUUAUCCCAUUCGUCCAAUCCUGCAAAAAAUUAGAAACUUUCCACCUUCAUGCUGAAUAUACACCAAUAGGAAUUGAAAAUGUUCUCAAGGCAUUUCUAGAAAAUCUUCCUGCUUCAUUGAAAUCCAUUACAUUGUGGUUUAAUAAUCUUCAAGAGGAUGAAGAUGACGACAAUUUAAGAAAGUUAUCAGAAGAGUAUUAUGUAUUAUUCAACUCACAAGGUAUAGAGUUCUUUUUAGUUGUAGAUCCAUGUCGAAGAUUGCGAGGGCGAACUCCAAAUAUAACCGUUCCUUAA